AUGCCAGAAGACCAAGUAACGCCGGCUACAUUGAUACUAUCGGAAUCUCAGCUCGUGGAGCAUUAUGGGGUUACAGAUCUCACUCAGCGUGUCUGCAAAGAGUUUUCAUCGAAAUCAUCAACUUAUCGUACUUUGAUGCCCACUGUCUAUCAGAUCCGCCCACCGGACGGCAUUGCAAGCGAUGAAGAUUUCUACAGACAAGAUAACGGCAUUCCAAUACCGAAUGUUUCAUUCCUUCGUCUUCACUUUUAUCAGGAAGGUCGUCUCACUGAGGACCAAGUGCUUUUCCUCUUGCGGAGAGUUGGCGACAUUUUCAAAACGGAACGAAACGUACUCUACCUUUCCGCACCCAUAACCAUUGUGGGAGACAUACAUGGACAGUAUUACGACUUGGUCAACUUUAUGACCUCAAGUUUCGGAGGCAACCCGCUCAAGACAGACUACCUCUUCCUUGGAGACUACGUAGACCGAGGGUACUUCUCGGUUGAGUGUCUACUAUGGCUCUUUGCUCUAAAGUUGGUGAAGCCGAACGGAAUCAAUAUGCUUCGAGGCAACCAUGAAUCCAAGCAUCUCACAAACUACUUUACCUUUCGCAUCGAAUGCACGAGGAAGUAUUCUGAAAGGAUAUACGAUGCAUUCCUCGAGGUGUUCAAGACGAUGCCACUUGCGGCCGUGGUUGAUGACAGAUUCUUUUGUGUACAUGGCGGGAUAGGCCCAGAUUUGGAGAGCGUUAGUGACAUAGACAAGAUUAAUCGAUUCGCCGAGGUCCCGACCAAGGGAUUGUUCUGCGACCUACUAUGGGCUGACCCUUGCCCACCCGGAAGCGAAUUCCCAGGUGGUCCACUGUUCCUUGAGAACUCUGUCAGGGGAUGCUCUUACUACUACUCCUACGAGGCAGUUUGCAAGUUUCUCAAGGCAAAUGGUCUUUCCAGUAUUAUCAGGGGACAUGAAGCCCAGAAGGAAGGGUACUCAAUGUUCAAAUAUACCUCGGAGAACUAUCCGUCGGUCAUCACCAUAUUCAGUGCGCCCAACUACUGUGAUAUAUACGGGAACAAGGGAGCAGUAAUGACGUGGAGUGGAACGAAGAUGCUCUUUAAAUGGUUCUACCACUCGCCUCAUCCAUUUUACCUCCCAAACCUGGCCGACGCGUUCACUUGGUCAUUGCCAUUUGUCUCGGAGAAAGCACUGGACAUGUUGCAGGCAAUCAUGAAUGUAUUCGAAGAUGAGCAAGUAGACACAGAGGCAGCUACCACGGGUCUGCCAAUUGGAAAGAAGGGCCUCGUCAUGAGCCAUAUCUACGAUCUGUUACGACAGACAGGACCAGAGGGAGCAUCCGAAUUCCGAUCGUUGCCGGUCGAAUUGACCAAUAACCUCGGCUCGGCUGCCAGUGCGGUACCGCAACUUAUUCCAGACUUUGAGCAUGCUCGAACAUCGGACAUUCUCAACGAGAGGCUCCCACCAAUUCUUGUUCCCGCUAGCGAAGCGAAAGAGUUCUUUGCGCGCAAAGGUGUCUACUCUCUCAAACGUUCCUCGACGCAGCUCUCUCGCAAGGUCAGCGUCGGCACCACCCAGUCAAGCUCGCCCAGCACACGAAAGCGGGCUGCGGAAGUUAACCUGGCUCUGGUACGACAAGCGGCCGACCUUAUUGCAAAGGACGAGGUGAAGCGGCGAGUCGCUGCCGGGGUUCCGGUCCCUAGUCGUCCAAGGGGUAAGCUGCGGUCUAGAAGUCAGGAGCCACCGACACAAGUGGAGGUGGAUAUUGAGAAGAGCAAGUAUGAAAGGCUAUUGGCUGUGAUUGAUCAACUCCGAGCGUUGCGGGAAUGCGCAGACAGUGCGCAGGAAAUGGCGAAUGUCCUUCGGCUUGUCAACGAGGAAGAGGAGUAG